GUAGCACUCAAGGUCAGAGUCAGCAAAUCCUCCUCUAAAAAUAGGCUCUAGUUGCAAAGUGAGUAAGAUUUCUUUUAUCGUUCUGCUGCACUUCGCAGGACCCAGCUACCUAGAGCACCCACCUAAGCUUACAGAUUCUUGCACAUCCUGAGCACACUAAUCCACGGACAAGAUGUCAUCAGCAGGUUUGAACGCUGGGAAGAAAAAUGCAUACAGAGCAAUUAAAGUAGAUCCUGAUGAGGAUUACUGUACCCCAGGUGCAUUUGAAUUGGAGCGACUCUUCUGGAAAGGAUGCCCGAAGUACACUCACGUCAACGAAGUCUGGCCCAACCUCUACAUAGGAGAUGAGAAAACUGCCUUAGAUCGCUACAGCCUUGAGAAAGCAGGCUUCACCCACAUCCUCAAUGCGGCCCACGGUCAGCGGAACGUGGACACGGGACCGGAAUACUAUCACGACAUGACUGUGGAGUACCAUGGAGUGGAAGCAGACGAUCUCCCCACUUUCAAGCUCAGCCAGUUCUUUUAUUCAGCUUCUAAAUUCAUUGAUAAUGCACUUCAGGAUGAAAGAAACAAGGUUCUGGUUCACUGCGCCAUGGGUCGCAGCCGGUCCGCCACGCUGGUCUUGGCUUACCUGAUGAUUUACAAGAACAUGACAGUGGUGGAUGCCAUUGAGCAAGUAUCAAGACACCGAUGCAUCUUGCCAAACCGGGGCUUCUUGAAGCAGCUGAGAGAACUGGACAUAGCGCUGGCGCUGCAGAGGAGGAACACCAAGAACAGCCGGCCGCCCGACGCCGAAGAGAACAGUGCCGCGGUCUAGCACUGUUCCUGGCAGCGUUGUGCUACUGGGAAAGCAGCUCCUUAAAAGGAGGGGAGGGGAAGGUGUAGUUAAUUACAGUCACAAGGAUCGUUUGUUAUUUGGAAGGAAAAACAAAGUCAUUUCAAACACUGUUAAGACGAGAAAGAAGGGAAGCCAAAUUUAAACCCCAUCAUCUUUGAAUGUUCCAGCCUUAGCAGAAUUCUUUGAAAACAUCAACAAAUAAAUUUUAUCCUCUGUAAAAAAGCUUUUACGCUCAAAAGCAGGCCCAACUUAAAGAAAACCCUCUUCUAGCUGAGUACCCCCAAAAUCCCGAACCUAAUCCAAGCACAUGGCCUUCAAAGGAGUGGAGCUAGGCAUUGCUGAAGAAAUUUUGCAGCAAAAAUACUGAGAUGGGAGCAGCACAGAGGAGUUGUUGGGUUUAGUCUCAAGAGUCCUGAAAGAAUUCACAGGAGUUUGCCUUUUUGGGCUGUUUCCUGGCAUCUCUUUUUCUUCUUUCACAGUAAUAACUUAGGGCAGCACGGCGUUUAGAAAGCCUCCAGAUGAGGAUCAACUACCCAGCCUUCACAAUGGACUUCGCAGCAGCCCAUGCAAACUAGGAACAAAGCAAGACCCUAAAGGUCAGAUGCAUAAGGAGAUAAAAUGGACAAUUCAAGGAGACACACACGUAUGACAUUUUAACGGUUUCAGUUUUGUUUUUCCUGAAUGCUUUAACUGCCUGAAUUUUGUAAAGUCCUAUACAUAUGUAUCCAAGUCAAUUUACUAGUCCACAAAA